AUGGGAUGGGACAGGGGAAGCCAGAGCCAGGUGCGCCCGCAUCGCAAGGUGUGGCACUGUGCACUGACUGCCCUUGCUUGGAGUCCUAUUUUUAGACCAGGAACCGAGGCCAUCCUCAGAGUACUCCUACUGUCCAUCGACACCUUGUUGCCUCUUCCGUUCUCACCACCAAAUGCCACCAUUACCGCCAUGUACGCCAUGACAAAGAACGCUCUGGCCUGCCUCUUCCGGACUUGGCCUUCCCCCUCCUCUCAUGGCCCGUACCCAAGCACUAUGUUCCAUCACACCGUGCCGCUUCAUUCAAGCUUACAGAGUCGUGUAGGCCAAAGUCACGACGAGCUCAUGAAGCUUCGGCGCAAUCACGCCUUCACGGUCGUCCUCACACCAUCUGAACCCGCAGCAAUUUCGAUGCAGACAAUGGCUAUAAUUAUCAACCCCCCUCAUUCAUCGCCAAACCUGCCGAAUGUUGGCCUUCUUCUCCGUUUAGAUAUAGGCAUGAGCUCACGGUCCCGUAAAAACUUCGUUUUGCGAGGCAAAUUGUGA